CUCUCCUCGGCUCCUGUAUACUUUCUAGCCUUGCGGCUUUCUCCCUCCCACUAUCCCACCGCACCGCAGCGACCAUCUGAAUGGCGUGCCGUCGUCUUCAACGCGAGGAAUACACUGUAGGAUGGGUGUGCGCGCUGCCGGUCGAACUGGCUGCCGCACAGGAAAUGCUGGACGAAGAGCACGAAGACCUUGAGCAGGACGAGCACGACAACAAUCUGUACUCGCUCGGGCGCAUAGGGGAACAUAAUAUUGUUAUCGUCUGCCUCCCAGCAGGCCUAAUAGGGAACAACCCCGCCGCGGCAGUAGCGACGCAGUUGAGAGCAACAUUUAGGUCGAUACGGUUUGGCCUGAUGGUCGGCAUCGGGGGCGGCGUCCCAAGUGCUGAAGCGGACAUCCGGCUGGGAGAUGUGGUUAUCAGUCAGCCGCAUCAAGGCUACGGCGGAGUGAUACAGUACGACUUUGGGAAGUCGACUCCGAGCGGGUUUCAACGGACGGGAUUUCUCAAUUCCCCACCGGUAUUCCUACUAGGCGCUGUUAACAGACUGCGAGCCAACCAAAUCCGCCGGAAGACUAAGCUCUCGGAACACGUCUCCAAGUUUCGCCGGCUUACAGAGUUCACACGCGAGGCCGCCGGACAGGACGUCCUAUUCGAAGCGGCGUACAAUCACGAGGAAGGGCCGACAUGCAAGUCAUGCAGCCAAGACAAGAAGGUGGAUCGACAGCCACGAUCGAACGAGGACCUUGUGAUUUACUACGGUACAAUUGCAUCUGGCAAUCAGGUCAUUAAGAAUGCUGCGGAGAGGGAUACUGUGAGUAAGGAAUUUGGCGGAGUGCUCUGUUUUGAGAUGGAGGCGGCAGGCCUGAUGAACAGCUUUCCAUGUCUUGUCAUCCGAGGUAUCUGUGACUACGCCGAUUCGCAUAAGAACAAGAAGUGGCAGCCAUACGCGGCGGGAGCGGCAGCAGCGUGUGCGAAGGAGCUACUGUCGGUGAUAGUGCCGGCUGAUGUAGCGAAGGCAGGCACGGUGGACGACAUGAUCAAGGCAGCAAGUGGUGUAUCCAACACAUGGAACAACCAGGACAGCAAGAUCGCAGAGCAAGUAGGGACGAAAACUGUCCAUGGCAACCAGAGUAUCGCGCUUUGACGCAGAGUGCGGUUUGGCUAAAAGCACUGGCAUUUGUUAUGGUUCCAGGCCCUUGGCCUGUUCCCCUGGAAGUUAAUUAUGGUUACGUAAUUAGGUUGGCGUCGGCCUCUUAAGCACUGUGCAUGCAUUGUAGGCAAACCGUCUCAGCAUUUACCACUUAUAGUACAGGUUCAUUGGAAGUUCUUAUAGUCAUGAUAUAUGAAUUAAAGUAGUUAGUGCCUCGAGGCUAGCUAGAAUUGUAGAACGGAACAAUAAUCUAUCAGUCCUAACG